AUGUUCGAGCUGUACCUCCUCACCUUCAAUGCUGCCCGGAACCUGGUCGACCCGCAGUCUCUCGCGCCUUCCUUGUUCGACGCCCUUCCCAAAGACACGCCUCUGCCUGACAUCGUCGCCAUCUCACUGCAGGAAAUCGCACCCAUCGCCUACUCGUUCCUCGGAGCAUCUUAUCUGAAGCCCUACUUUGACCGCGUGACGACCACUGUUCAGCUUGCCGCAGACCUCCGCAGCAAUGGCAGCGAACCGUUCCAACAUAUUGCGACGCGCAGCCUGGGCAUGACCGCCCUGAUGCUCUUCGCGAAACCCCACGUCACACAGAGGAUACAAUGGAUACAAUCGGCAGGCGCCGGUGUCGGCUUCUCCAACAUGGGAAACAAGGGCGCUGUAGCCAUGCGCGUUGGCCUGGCCUGCCCAGGCUCCGAUGACACACUGGAUCUGACUUUCGCCGCUGCUCAUCUCGCGCCCAUGGAGAGCAACGUGGAUGCAAGGAACAAAGACUGGGAAAAUCUCGUCCGGAACUUGGUCUUUGUCAACAGCGACGACUCCCCAUACAGUCAUAGUGAAGAGAGGCCGCUGCUUGGCUCCUCAUCCGAGACCCCAGCCGACCACAAUGGCCUCUUUACACCUGGCAACCACGUCUUCUUCUACGGAGAUCUCAACUACCGCACGCACGAUACCCCGCCAGAUGAAGGAGCGCAUGAGUCCUAUCCCCAGCCCACCGCGUCCGAGUCUUCGCCACAGCAUUACUCGCAAUUGCUGAAGAAAGACCAGCUGAUGAGAGAGAAGGACGCCAAACGCACGCUACAUGGUUUCCAGGAACUGCCUAUCAAUUUCCCACCUACAUACAAGUACGCCACCCCACACGGCAAGAAUACAGGAGACAAUGAUUCGUGGGAAUGGUCCAAGCACCGAUAUCCCUCGUGGUGUGAUCGUAUUCUCUAUCUUCCGUCUGGAUCUGCAUCAGACCUAGAACCCCAGAUUUACACUGCUUUACCGGUACAGCCGACAUCGGAUCAUCGACCGGUAGCUCUUUCGGUUCGCGUUGACGAGAAGCCUAUCAAGCUGGACGUGAAUGAUGUUCUGUCCCGGCCACCCUUCGAGAUCAACCCACAGUGGAAAGCCAGAAGGGACGCCGCUCGACGAUGGGAGCUUAUUGUAGGCGUCAUGUCCUAUCUCGCCCUGACUGGGAAGGGCCGAAUCAUUCUCAUCACUUUCGUGGGUGUGGCUAUGGGCAGUUUGUUCCUAGCUGGGUCACUAACCAGGUGA